UCUAUCGCUAACAACUUUAAUAACCUACUAUUGCAUGUAUCCCAAGUCCCUGGUACAGGUAUGUUUAUAUGCAUGCUCUCGACCUAUAGGCUCUGUACUGUGCUGCAAGUAUACCACUUACCAGUACGUACCCUUCAUUAGAAUGAUGCGGCCUUGAUUUUGACACCCUCCUGUAUCGGCAUUUCAUUUGGAGCGUUGGUGCUGUCUGGACACAAUGAAGGUCACCAUGUCAGCAGAAUGUAGAGCACACAAUCACUGAACCGUCAGAUGAACUACCAGAUAUUACUACUGUACUUUAUAUCCCAGCUUUGAAUUGAAAAGAAUAAUCGCUCUGCAUCGUAUAAGACUUGAGGCAUUGACACCAUGUCGGUCCCUGACUCUGCCAGUGCGGACUGCCCUGAUCUCAUUUGCGUGGUGUGCGGGGACAAAGCCAACGGCAUGCACUACCGGGCCUUGACCUGCGAGGGGUGUAAGACCUUCUUCCGGAGGAACGCGCGCCAUCGGGACACCCUCAAAUGCGAGAUGAUGAACGACGGAGGCUGUGAGAUGGACAUGUAUACCAGGAGACACUGUGCUGCAUGUAGGAUGCAGAAGUGUAUCUCCGUCGGCAUGCAGCCCGAUAGAUUGUGGGACAGGACUCGCCUGAAGACCCGUAAACCGAUCACCAAGAAGGUGAAAGUGAAGACUGAGACCGUUGAAAAGCCCUCUGUGGUGCCACCGGAGGAAUCCCCCGCCAAGGCGGUGGAUCUGCUCCCCGAGUUGACCAUCCACCAUCAGGAAAUAGCUCGGUUGAUAGCCGUGGCUUACAGAUCAGCGAAAGAAGCGUUACCUCAACCACCACCAAACCUUAUUCCAGAGCCUGAAUCGCCUGUACCCACCACCCUUGAUGGCCCUGAAAAUUCCCGCUUUCAGCCUUCAACUUCAAUGAAUACUGCUUCUGAUACAUAUCCAAGUAGCUCAGCCUUACAUACCAAGGGAUCCACCUGUCAAAAGACACCUCUGUCCUCGGAAUCUCCUGCAAGCCAGGUGACGUCUCCUAAAUGUAAAGUUCCCCAAACAUCCCCGAGCGCGCAACCCUGUUCCUCAACCUUACCAUCAAGAACAAUCGACCCCGUAUUAUCCAGCGACCUCUCGUCGACCUCGUCCCCUCCGAGGCAGAGUACAACAUCCAUAGAAGCAGUAAGUAGCGCAGGGAAGCAGUUGUCACCUCCGACCCCUCGUCCUGUAGGAAGCAAAUGCGAAUGCGGAUGUAUCAUCCACAACAAGCCAACUCCCGAGAGUGAACCCGUUCCAGUCGUAGAAGUAUCGUCAUCGUCAGUCACCUCCAAACUGUCGGUUAAAACACUGCCCAAGGAAGUUCCCUCCGAGGAUCAACCCAGCACGUCUGCUGUCCAGAAAGCCCACUCGGAGGGUCAGAGGUCAUUGCUUGCUGGGGGUAUGACGGGCCGUGGGAUAGUACCUCAGAUCAUGGAGAUUGUUGUUCUUCUCCUGAAGCAUAUGAUUAACUUUGCCAAGCAGCUGCCGGGUUUCCAGACUCUUUCCAGUGACGACCAGGCAACGCUGAUCAAAGGUGCUUUGGUCGAGUACAUGAUCCUUACGUCGUGUCCUCUGUAUGACAUUGAGAAAGGCCAGUUCAACAGUGAGAUCUGGCCAACGCUCUCCAUCGACCCUGAUCAGGUUGAGAGUGCCGGGUUCAUCACUGUCAUGGGGUCUGUCAUGUCCUUCGCGGUGAAAAUGCAGAAACUGUCCCUAAAGGAGGAAGAACUUGCUCUGCUGUUCGCUUUAGCCAUCAUAUCACCAGAUCGUCGAGACUUAGAGGACGCCCUGAAGGUUGAGGAGCUCCAGCAGCCUUUAGUCGAUGCUCUACAGACCUGUGUGCAGGUCAACCAUCCUAACAAGACGGGCCACUUCGCAAAGAUCAUCAUGCUCUUGACGGAGGUCCGCGACGCCACUGAAGCCUACAUGGACGACCUGAUGACCAUCCAACUCAGCGGAAGCAGACUUAAUCCUCUCCUUGAAGAGCUCUUCAGUGAUUAGGAUGAUCCUGGGGGCGUUUCACAAAAGUCGUCAUCAGUGACAAAUGAGAGUUUUUGUUAUAAGCUACUGAAAUCCUUGCUUCUGAUUGGUUAUCAGCAGAUUUGUCACUGAUUUUUGUCAUAUGUCAUGGAAAAAAGGCUUUGUGAAACAGGCCCCUGCUUACAAGACGACUCAAGAACUCCAUUCGAACAACAGCAGAGUCUCUGGAUGAUACACUGUACAUUCCUGUUCAGAAAGUCUGUGCCAUGUUGCAUCCAUUGUAGUAGCAUCAAGGGGGGUUUGACAAGAAGUCAUUUUCCCUUGGUUCAUAUUGAAUGAAUUGAAAACAGGUUGCGUCCAGAUAUUCCAUGAUUGGUUGAAAAUGAAAAGGGAAUUCAAUUUUUUAGUUGCUUUUAACUCUUUAUAUGCCACACAAAUAAUCUCAUUCUGUCACAUUGUAUUUAUUAGGAGAUAUACACACCAAAGGCUUCAAGAUUAUUCAAUUGUGUCCAGUGCAAGAUUAAUCUAUACCAAUGUGGUAAAAGGGUUGUCCUGGAGCUAAUUAAUCUAGACCGGAAAUGAUAAUUUUUGCACAGCCAUCCUUCCCUGAAUUGAUGCCAAUUGUUUUGUCCAGAAAUGCACGAGUGGCAAAUGACCAACUGUGCAGACAGGCGAAGAAAGCAACUGAAGUGUUAAAGGUAUAUCUUUUGCAAGAGUUCCUUGCAUCUUCAUAGGGUAAAUAGUUGAGUGGAGCAAAAAUUCUCUACAGGUCGAAAGUAUGCAUUGACAUCUAUAUCCAUUACCGUUAAUAUUAAUAUCCUUUUCAAAGAGAAUUUAAACUUGGUAUUGUGGCAAGAACCCUCGCGACAUGAAGCAUGCCCCCAUCCUUACUCAGGAACACGGCAGGAAAUGGAGCAUGUAUACUGAAGACAACCCAUAUUGUCAACAAGAAAAUUCAUAUAGUCAACUAUACAGGUCGUAUAGUCAACAAGACAACUCAUAUAGUCAACUAUAUAGGUUGUAUAGUCAACAAGACAACUCAUAUAGUCAACUAUUUAGUCUGUAUAGUCAUCAAGAUGACUCAUAUAGUCAACUAUAUAGGUUGUAUAGUCAACAAGACAACUCAUACAGUCAACUAUACAGGUCGUAUAGUCAACAAGACAACUCAUAUGGUCAACACGACAACUCACAUAGUCAACUAUACAGGUCGCAUAGUCAACAAGACAACUCAUAUGGUCAACUAUUUAGGCUGUAUAGUCAACAAGACGACUCAUAUAGUCAACUAUAUAGGUUGUAUAGUCAACAAGACAACUCAUAUAGUCAACUAUUUAGUCUGUAUAGUCAACAAGACAACUCAUACAGUCAACUAUACAGGUCGUAUAGUCAACAAGACAACUCAUAUGGUCAACAAGACAACUCACAUAGUCAACUAUACAGGUCGCAUAGUCAACAAGACAACUCAUAUGGUCAACUAUUUAGGCUGUAUAGUCAAUAAGACGACUCAUAUAGUCAACUAUAUAGGUUGUAUAGUCAACAAGACAACUCAUAUAGUCAGCUAUACAGGUCGAAUAGUCAUCAAGACAACUUAUAUAGCCAACUAUACAUGUUGUAUAGUUAAUAAGAUAACUCAUAUAGUCAAGUAGGCUAGUAGAUCGCUGCUAAAAAAUUGUCUACCUUCACAAUAUCCUUCCUCAUUUCUGUAUAAAGUAUACAUGUAUAUUUGUAUAAAUGUAAAUAAUGACGGGAAUGCAGGAAUGAUGUUUUAAACUAAACCGUGGACUAAACCACCAAUUUACUUUGGCCGGCCAAGAGGGCCAAAAAGUCAAUACAUUAAUAAAAAAGGCUCACAAUGCAGUGCUCUUUGUCCUCAAAAUUUGAAUUUAAAUCUAAAUUGAAAAUAGUGAAUAACAGGAGGCGCUUUGGACAUCUCCUAUUACGACAAGGUAUGUCCUCACGGCACACAUUCUCAUUGGAAUAAGCAAGUCAUUGUUGGGCUUAUGACGCUUUAUCUGGUAAAAGAUAAAUGCAGGAAUUGUGGCAUUAAAUAUCAAGUUAUAAAUCAUACUGUUAUUUGUCGGUACAGAUAUUUUGAAACGUUUCAUUUUUUCGUCAGGAGGCAGGUCUGAGCCUGCAGCGUUCUGUUCAAUCACUGCUGUAAACUCAAUGUAACAUGUUUGUACACUAGAGGUAUUUUUGUUGUCGCGUCAUCCAUGAUCUAAUUGUACAUUGUAAGAACCAUCUGGAGACUACAUUCUUGUUUUUUCAGUACCAUAUUUAUUUUUCUGUGGUAUUAAAGGUGUACGUUAUUCCAAUUAUUCACUAGCUCAUUAUGUAUAAAUUGUUACGUAGAAUAUUAAGUUGGUUAGCAUCAUUUUGGGUCAUUUCAUGCAUGUUGUUUGGUUUAUGUCUUUACCAUAGAUCUAAUGUCCACUUGCACAAAUGUUAGAGAACAACGGGCAGAGGUCAUGAUCAAUAUCAUGCACAAAAUUAAUAUACCAAUUCUCUCCUGGAGACGACAUCAAUGGAAUGAAAUGGCUUUUAAUACACCGUAUGCGUGCGUUAGCGAAUUGCCACUCAGGAGUAUUCAUAGAUGUUUUAUUUUAUUGCAAGAGUUAGGGGCUUUAUUCCAGGUUUAAAUCAGGUUUUUGAUGUUGAGAUAUUUGUAAAACCAGAUAUUUUUUUAGUGAAUUCCAUGAGUGGUUUGCUAAAGUUUAAUGCCGCAAGAGGAGAUGAUCAUACACGUAUUUCAAUCGUGUGUACCGGUUUGAAAUAUGCUGCAAGUGUUUCCUCUGAAACGUUGUAGGCUCUGAAUCAGGAAGAUUUAAAUUUGUACUACUUAAGUUUUAUUUUAUUGCAAGAGUUAGGGGCUUUGUUCAAGGUUUAAAUCAGGGUUCUUUUUGGAAACAUUUGCAAAACCAAAUAUUUUGUUAGUGAAUUCCAAGAGUGGUUCACAAAAGUUUAAUGCUGCAAAUUAAUUCAUGCAGAAUUGACAAAAUACUUAAAGUAAGUGUUGUUUUUAAGUAGCAAGUUUCAUGUUAAUCAUGUUUCCGGAUUUACAAUAUUUUUUCAUUUUUAUUGUCAGUAGGUUUUUAUGCCCCGCUACAAAGUAGCCGGAGGCAUUAUUUUUGUUAUUUUGUUCUUCCUCUCAGAAUGUAUCUUUUUGGAAAAGAUAGUCUAACUGGACUCAAUCUAUUACUGUGUUUCACAAAAAAAUGUUUGUUUAUUGAUUAAAAUAUUAUGUUAUUCUGUAUGAUACUUGCAUUAAAAGAUCAUGAAGUUAUAUGGAAAUAAAAGUAGCCCCUAAAGUUGUGUAGAAGAUGAUAUAUUGAUCUACAUUUGCCACUCAUCACCCAGGUAGAGAAAAUUGAUACCCAGGAGGUAGAAAUUCCUUGAAUGCUUGAGCAUCUUUCAUGGUAGCUUGGCUAAAGCCAAGGUAAUCAUAGGAUUGCAGGGCCCUCAGGGAGAACAGUGGGUACCCUGGCUAAAUAAUGUAUUAUCAUUAAUAUUAUAACAUGCAUCAAAUGCAAUGAGUAAUGCCUGUUAUAGAAAUGAAAUGUCACAUAAUUAUUAUUACUAUUAUUAUUACUAUUAUAUUUACUAUUAUUACUUUUAUUAUUACUAUCAUUAUUGAUAUUUUUAUCAUAUAUGAUUAGAUAUUAGACAUUUUAGUGUUUAGUUCAUAAUUAUGUAGUAGCUGAGCCAAUUUUUUCAAUCUUAAGUAACAUUGAACUGAAAUACUUAAAAGUUAGAAUGUAUAUUGUCACAAUACUGAUGUUUAAAACAAAAAUGGAGAAAGUAAAUUUGUCGGGAAAGUGCAACUGAAAUUCAGAGUUUACUAGAUUAUUUUUUCUUGGCCACAGAAGUUUUCUUAGACAUCAUGUUGUUUGUAUGCCUUUCUGAAAUAAAUUUUGAGAUUGCUUUUAAAGUACAUUCAAUGUACCACUAGCAGCAGAUGAUUUAUAUUGAUAUAUGUUUUCAGAAAUAUUUUUUCAUGAAAUCAUAAAUGCUGAAUUUCUAUAUACAAAGAGAGAUGUCUUGUACUGAUAGUAAUUUGAGUAAUAUUUGUUUGAUGAAAUCAUAAAAGCUUAGUUGUACUGACGUGAUAGAGAAAAUCCCUCCUAUAUGUUUCUUUCCGUUUUUGUCGAUGCCAGUCAAGUUUUGGUAGACUGCAUGCAGCUGAAUUGGAUGCUGCCGGCGUGUGAAGAGGUAAAGAUGAAGGUUGUGGAGGAGGAGAAAAAAUAUAUAUUUAAAUGCUGCAAUUGAAUUACACUUGCAUUGUUAUGGUUCCUAUGGAAAAGUUUAUUUUGAAUAUUUGAUAGACGUGCAUAUGUUGUGUAUUUCAUCUCCAUGUACAUAUUUGUUUCGCCUGUCAUCAAAUGUUUGAUCUUAGUUUUGUAUGUCUCUUUCUUUAUGUCUCUGGUUGGUUUUAGGGACAUAUGCUCUGGAAUUUACCGUAGUAGGGUUUCAAGUUUCAAGUUUAUUUGUUUCACAUUUCACAAAAAAAGAAUUCACAUAUUUGACAAAAUUAGAGCAUAAUAUGAAAUAUACUAAAAGUGUC